AUGCCUCCGAUAUCCUCUCAGCAGCGCGCUGUCACCGACGAGAACUCAUCUCUCACCGAUGAUGAUGUUGGAUUCCUUUACCAAGUUGUCACUCGCGCUGAACACAAACGCGACGUUGAACGGCUACCAUUCCGAGCGCUUUUUGCAGCAUAUGAUGAAGUUAUUGGUGAACAUGGAUUUGAUACUGAUCCAGGGCAUGCGUGCCUACGGUUCUUGUUCAAAAUGGGGGGCAAAGAUGUGGAGGGGCCGACCUUGUUUGACAAGUUCGAGAAUGCGCUUCAGCAUAUGGGAAUCGUGAUUGACUUUGGAGGCGAAGAAGGCUCGACUGGAAUCAAUGAAACAAGGGCAAAUGAAUCAUAUACGGUUGAUGCUACCCACGGCAGAACGCACGAUCAUGAUCACCACCACCCCACCCCGAAUGGAACCCCGAUAACCCCACGGAGACGAGCGUCAUUUAACACCACCGUUGAUAUUGGAGAUGAUGGCACUCAAAGGAGUUUUAUUGAACGGCCGAGCUCUCGGUCAUCAAUGUCACGAUUACAAACUGGAAAACCCGACUUUUUGAAACCAAAGUUUUCCCCCAAACCUAAUGCUGCGCACAAUCAGUCACUUAAAUCGCCAGACCGCACGCAAUUGAUUGCUCAAUUCCUGGAUGUUGGUCGGCGCUUGAUAAGUAGAUUUGACGAUGUUCAGAAAAAGAGCUUGGAGAAAGAAGUUGCGCCCUUGACUAAUGGCGUGUUGGCAAGGGCUGCUGUUGACCGGGACCGUUCCAAAAGAAUGGUGUCCCCUUCACAAUCUCGGCGCACAGCCUCUGUGACCUCUUCUGGUAGCUUUGAGUCUCAGGAAUCGCGAUCUAGUGCGUCGCAGGCCCUAGAACAGGACUCGUUUGAGAAGGAAGAGCCACCGCCUGAGCUCCUCUAUCGUCCUCAAUUGUCAGACUUGCUCCGGGAUGCAUCUACAUUCAAUAUGUAUCGACAACGGGCAAUGUGCCGCAAGAUAUUGACACAGUGGCUGAAACGUGCGUUUCAGACACGACAUAUUCGCCAAGCGAGAGAAACAAUUGCUGUAAAUCGUGAUAGGACUACUUUACUUCGGCAGGCAUUCGAGCCAUGGAAAUCAGUCAUUCAACAAAAGCGUCAUGUGGCAAGAACAGACCGUUUUUUCAAGCACCUUGAUGAACGUGCCAAUCGCGCCCGUGACUUGUAUCUUAUGACAAAAGCCUUCACUCACUGGGCCCAGCUUACCUCUGAGGAGGUUGCUCGGACAUCUGCAGCCCGAAAACAUGUCCUGGGUGUAAAAUACUUCAAUGCUUGGCGGGAGAUCACCGCUGUCAAUGAACUUAAAGCUCAGCGGUUUGCCCUGCAAAGGCCCUUCAAUAAGUGGCGCAAGAAAAUUUUAGAUCUCAAGCAAGCAGAAGCCCAAGCGGUGACCGUCCACAAACGAAGUCUACAGCAUGCGUCAUAUUGGCAAUGGUUCUGGGGCUUUUGUGAGCGACGUGCGCCCGAGUGGUAUGACUAUCGUCUUAAGAGACGCUCACUUUUAUGUUGGUUACAAAACUUUCGGACCAAUCGAGAACGUGAGCAUGAAAUAGCAGUGCAUAAUAGGCGGUCAGCUUUGGCGUCUGCCGUCCAAAUAUGGUCUCAGAAGGCCCAAUCCAUUGGGACCGCACAAAAUUUGGCUGAAGAUACCCGGUGCUACUUAGUGUUGAGAGAAACAUUUGACGAAUGGAAAGUUCAAUCUCGGUUGGCCCCAGCCGCUGCUCAGGUCACCGACAUGGUGAAUACCAGGGUUCUUCGAAACGCACUUUCAAAAUGGGUUUCGAAGGCUCGCAUGUUUGGUCAAGCGCAAGAGAAGGAUCGACUCAGAGUACAGCGCAAUGCGUGGACUUCUUGGAACGAUACGCUCCGAUGCUUGGCUCUCCAAGCCCGAAUUGAUGAACGACUCAAGAUGGAGGUCAUGUAUAAGUGGAUUCUCAUGGAAAGAUUCCAGCUCAUGCGUCGGAUACAUGAGCAACGAAUCAAGCGCGAGGUGUUUACUCGAUUCGUCACGAACACCCGUGAUACUUAUACUCGCUUACUCUUCAAUGCGGAGGUCCAUGAUGAGCACCGAGAUGAGGACUUGGCACGUGCCAAAUUAGCUCUCUGGCGUGACCGACUUCACCUCCAACGGGAGAGAGAGUAUACGGCCUUUGAAUUCUACGCACCUCGACUAGCACAAGAGUCUCUCACGGCCUGGAGAUCAAAGCAUGAAAAGAAUCAGAAAAUGGAAGGCUGGGCCAAAGAUGCACAUUUCUAUUUUUUAAUGAAACGUUCUUUGAAGAACUGGCGUCAAGCAACACUUGACUCGGCCAAGCAACGACGUAAAGAUGCUUAUGCUAAGGUGCGCCGAAAAAUCAAGAUGAACUUGGCUUCUAGAGCACUCACUGCUUGGAGAUCUAAAACCAGUGACAUCAUGGAUAUGGAGCAGCAAGCAAGUACACUUGACCGUGCUAGGGUACUUGAUGAUGCAUUUGAUUGCUUUUCUAGCUGGAAUACACAAGCACUUAAACGAGUCCAAGAUUACCAAGAUGCUGAUUACCAUUAUCUACACCGAGCUGCAUACGCUCAACUGAUCCAAAUGUCAGAGAUUUUUGUUAUUCGUCGUGAAAUGGAAGAUGAUGCCGAUAACUUCCACCGUAACCAUGUUCUCCAUCAGGCAGGAGCGGCAAUGCGCAAGCUCAGCCUUCGCAUUUUCCAGAUGAGAAACACAGUUGAAACAUCGGAGGCAAUGCGCGAAAGAACCUCACGAAAACACGCAAGGAAUCUAUUCCGUCUUUGGUUGGACAGUGCUCGACUCAAGAUCGAAGCUCGAGAUUCAGCUGGACCUACCCUGACACCUGGACGUGGACGCUUCUCAACCAUCCCCGUCGAGGAUGGCCCUGUAUCUUUGUUCGAUCCAUGGUAUCGCAACACCGUCGAAACCCCCUUCAAACUUGCCGACAUUACGAGGAAUUCGCAGGAGCCGGUCUCCGCGUCUCCACUAGCCACACCGAACUACAUGAGCUCCCCAUCUAAACGAGCUGCCCGCGCACGAGCCUUGGCACAAAUGUCCACAACACCUGCUACUCCCUUACACACACCCUUUGCCAGUCGACUACUUCGUGCCGAAGCAUCGACUGGCCAGUCAGCUUCUUCUCGACGGUCUCGUACUGGCCGAGGGAACUCCAUCGCAACGAGCGUGCGGUUUGUAGAUGAUGACCUUCCGGAGUCCCCUACUGAUGGUCGAAAAUCUUCAUCUCGACGAUCAUGA